AUGGUAUCUCCCGAUGCAAUAAUCGAAGCAUCAGAAGAUACUCAAUCUCCCGACACGUAUCGUAAAGCAUUGGAAAAUAGUGGAGAACUCCUGAUGCAUUUUAUUUCAAAAAGGAGUGUCCUUUUAGCUUUGCAUUUAUAUAAAACAUCAUCAAAGAAAAAGCAAAAAACGUCCGAAACCAUUAUGGAUAUUCUCAUCCUUUCCAUUUCUCUUUCUCUAUUCUCUCUCCUUCUUGCCUUAAACUUUCUACUUCGACCUCAUCGCCAAAACCUCCCUCCAACCCCAUUUUUCCGUCUUCCAAUCAUUGGUCAUCUCCAUCUCAUCAAACAUCCUCUCCAUAGAAUCCUUCACAACCUCUCCAAAAAAUACGGACACGUCUUCUCUCUUCGAUUUGGUUCACGACUCGUAGUUAUCAUAUCGUCCCCUUCCGUCGUCCAAGAAUGUUUCACAAAGAACGAUAUCAUUCUCGCAAACCGACCCUUAUUAGGCACAGGAAAACACUUAGCAUAUAACCACACCACCAUGGCCGUUGCCCCUUACGGUGAACACUGGCGAAACCUACGUAGAAUCGGUGCGCUCGAGUUAUUCUCAACGAGUCGAAUAAAUCUAUUCUCAAGAAUGCGAGAGGAAGAAGUUAAAGCGUUGAUGGUAAGAUUAUGUGGGAGUUCGUCAUUGGAAGGGUUCCGAGCAGUGGAGAUGGAGAGUAUGUUGUUAGAUCUUAUGUAUAAUGUUAUUAUGAGAAUGAUGGGGGGGAAGAAGGAUUGUGAAGAGGAUGAGGGAAAAUCUAAGGAAUUUAGGGAGAUGGUGACGAAGAUUAUGGCGGUCGGAGGGGCAUCGAAUCCGGGAGAUUUUAUAGCUAUUUGGAAUUGGAUUGAUCCGAGCGGGUGGAAGAAGAAGAUAAUGAAGCUUGGACAGACGAUGGAUGUUCUUCUUCAAGAUUUAGUUGAUGGGAUAAGAAAUGAGAAUGGUGAAGGGAAUACUAUGCUUCAUCGUUUACUUCAUUUGCAGAAAAUUGAACCGGAGAAUCAUAGUGAUCAAAUUAUCAAAGGCUUAAUACAAAUCAUAUUAAUAGCAGGAGUUGACACAACAGCUGUAACCUUAGAAUGGGCGCUCUCUCAUCUACUAAACAAUCCAGAUGUGUUACAGAAAGCAAAACUUGAGAUAGACAAUGUCGUUGGUCAAGAACGUUUAGUUAGUGAAGUAGAUUUGCCAAGUUUGACCUAUCUACAAGGAAUAAUUUUUGAGACUCUUCGAUUGAGCCCAGCAGCUCCUUUGCUUGUUCCACAUUGCUCUUUCGAAGAUUGUAAAAUUGGAGGCUAUGAUGUACCACGUGACACAAUUGUAAUAAUUAAUGCUUGGGCUAUUCAUAGAGACCCCAACCUAUGGGAAGAUGCCAGCAGUUUUAAACCUGAAAGACAUACGAACCCUAUUGGAGUUGAGUCGUAUAAAUUCUUACCAUUUGGGUUGGGAAGGAGAGCUUGCCCUGGUAUAGGAAUAGCCCAAAAGAUGGCUAACUUAACUUUGGCAACAAUGAUUCAAUGCUUUGAGUGGGAAAGAGAGGGCUCUUCAUUGGUUGACAUGAGUGAAGGUGAAGGACUUACUAUGCCCAAAGCUCAACCAUUGAUAGCCAAAUGCAAACCACGUCCAAUCAUGAAGGCUGUGUUUAGUGUUGAAAGAGUUUGAUCAAAAUAUAUCUCAAAAUGGAAUGUGAGUGUCAAUCAACAUUUUCAAAGACUUCGUACUUGAUAUUGUUCUAUAUAAUUUACUAUAAAUUUAGUUUGUG